UUCGAGUCGCCCGCCAGUCCAGUAUAUAUUUUAACGCAAGGAACGCAAGCGAACCAGUUGCUUUCUCUGAAGUGAACUCAAGAUGGCAGAGAGUAAGGGUGCUUUACUUGCUAAAUCGGUGCAAAAACAUGCGGGAAGAGCGAAAGAAAAGAUCCUCCAGAACUUGGGGAAGGUGGACCGCACUGCAGACGAAAUUUUCGACGAGCACUUGCAGAACUUCACACGCCAGCAGAAUGCCGCAAACCGCCUGCAGAAGGAGUUCAACAACUACAUCCGCUGCGUCCGGGCGGUGCAGGCGGCGAGCAAAACCCUGAUGGACUCCCUGAACGAGAUCUACGAGAGCAACUGGACGGGCCACGACCUGCUGUACGUGCAGGCGCAGAACUGCGAGAUGCUGUGGCAGGACUUCAGCCACAAGCUGGGUGACCAGGUGCUCAUCCCGCUCAACACCUACCAGAGCCAGUUCCCCGAGAUGAGGAAAAAGAUCGAGAAGCGCGGCCGGAAGCUGGUGGACUUCGACAGCCAGCGACACAGCUAUCAGUCGCUACAGCAGAGCAACCCGAAGAAGCGCGACGAGCUGAAGAUGGUGCGGGCGCGGGAGUCGCUGGAGGAGGCGAAGCGCACCUACGAGAUGCUCAACUCGGAGCUGCACGACGAGCUGCCCGCCCUCUACGACUCGCGCGUCCUCUUCCUCGUCACCAACCUGCAGACCUUCUUCGCUGCCGAACAGGUCUUUCACUGCGAGUCUGCGAAGGUUUUCGGAGAACUGGAGGCUAUUGUGGACAAGCUAGCAACUGAAUGUCAACGCGGAUCGUACACUGUCAAGAAAAGUUCACCCAAGUCGCCCAAGAUUUCGACUAGUAAUAACAACAUGAUCCAGAGUGUACCAUCUUCACCGACAUCCAUAGGGGCUGGCGAUGACAACCAAGGCCCCCCUCCCCCCUCCCCUAGCAGCCCCCCUCCCAGUGCUCCGUCCCCGGAACCUGCGGCCGAAAACCCACCCCCCACAGCGGCUGCCCCACCGAGGGCGGAGACGGCUCCGAAAGGAGGUGACGAGCCCCACCCGCAGGUAAACGGUAACGCCAAGCCAACACCCUCCUCGGCAGUGCCGGAUGGCACGGCACCUGGCAAGAAAGUGGAAGAGCUGUACGACAUACCUGUGGGUGCUACAACCGACAACCUCCCGCCAGGGGUCCUGUACCGUGUGAAAGCGACGUACAAGUACAAUCGCGAGGACGUGGACGAGCUGUCAUUCGACGUGGGCGAGAUUAUCAGAGUCGUGGAGUACGACGACCCGGAGGAACAGGAGGAAGGCUGGCUGAUGGGCGUGAAAGAGGGUACAGGAGAGAAGGGCAUGUUCCCUGCCAACUUCACGAGGCCGCUGUGAGGUGGCCGCUGCCGCACGGAUCUGUGACGGCAGCUUCCGGCCUCGCGGCGCGGCUCGGCCGGCAGUUCCUUGGCCGGCCGGUCCACUCUUGGCUCUGCUCCUGGCCCACCGCAAUCCGUUUCCCGUCACACGCAAACCUGAGAAUCUCUGCUUUACUCGAGAGGGCCUGUCCACCUCUAUACUACAUGUGACUUUCCCUGCUGCCACGGUGCAGACAAAACUGUGUAAAUGGUGCAGAGUGACAUCAUUCUAUGAUUACAACUUGUUAGUCAAUUGCAGGAUGACAGAUCCUCUGAAGGUGAAGUUCUGAAAAUGUUGGUCAGUUUUAAAAGGCAGUAUAGUUUCACUUAGUUAUUGUAUGUGUUAGAGAGAAAUAUUGUCAACCCAUUGAAUUUUCGGAGGAGGGUUCUUACCUCCUAGACGACAAAUGUCACGUAUGAAAAAAGGACAAGUAAGCAUACAUUUUAAUGGAGUUGUUCUUUUAGUUUUGUUUAACAUGCUCUGCUUGUAUUGGCUACAUUCUGGUGCCGUGUUGUUAUAUUUGGUUACUCUGAAGCAAUCACGGUCAAAUUUAAAUUUCCUUUAAGAAGUUUACAGCAUAUUUUAUCUUAUUUUAAUAUAAAUAUAACUACUAUGACAGCUAUAAGUUUGCUGCAGGUUUUCUUAUAGCUGCUCACAUUGCUCAGAAUACGAAUCACACUCAUUCUUGUCUUGCUGAUACUGUUGCAAGCCCACAGGCUAAGGGAUUAUUCAAAUUUCUAUUUCCAUUUACUGAUUUCCCCCCCCCCCCCCCCCUCCCCCCAGAACAUCAAGAUAUCUCUCCCACUUUUUUGGUCUUCUUUGCCUUGUCUUGGGCAUAAAAUCGUGCCAAAUGAAAAUUACUCUUCUGAAUUUAUUUUUAUAUACAAUAGUUUAUAAGAAUAUUACAAGUAACCAUUAUGUGCUACACCACAGGACAAUUAUUUCUCACUAUUGUGUUUCUCUGUUAGCAUGCUGAAUUUUAUUGCUGUUGUAAAUUGUAAUUUGUGUGGUUUUUUUUUAGGAAUAAUCAUUUGUGAACAAACGUCGAUACAGAAUAAGACAUUUUAAACAGAGUUGUGCCGAUUUUGCUUCGGUUAUAAUUUUACCCUCGUCAGGACAAGAGCCCAGACGUGGAGCCAAGAGUGACUGUAAAAUUGUUACAUAUAUUGUAUUGUAUUUGUAGAAUCUGUAAGAGUACUUUAUCAGUGGCCUAUGUCCUGUAACACAGUUUUUGUGGCAGACACCCUCCUACCUAGGCACCUGCAUAAAGAGAGUGGGCACGCUUCGAAGCUCUUGUCAGCACGCUGCAAACCUGUCUCCAAACGUUUUCAUUCUGUCCGUCCGGAGAUACAUCGAAGUUUUCACUAUGUGCAUUUAGUACUCCUUACAGAUUUACCUGUUCAAGUUGUAAACAUUCCACUUGACCAGCAAUAAAUGAUACGGCACGUGUUUAUCGUAAUGUGCCACUGUUGCCAAAUUGCCAUCUUUGUGAGAAAGCAUUUUAUAUGGCAGUGUUUUUAUCCUUCUUCUGGAGAAAUUUCUUUCUUCCUGCAGUUGAGAGAGAACUGUAUAGAAAAAUAGAUAUUUUGUCGAUCUACCUCCUUGUAUGUAGCCCGGUGGAAUAUUGGAAACUACAAAAACCAAAUGUUCUCUCCAUAAUCUUGCACAACACAAAAUUGUCUCCAAAAUUUUUUUUCUUCCAUCAGAAAAAGGUAUUCUGCAGGUGCCUAGCUAGGAGUUAAAACUGCCCAUAAGUGCCUUUAUUAAACGAAAAGAGAAGAAAAGUACAUAACAAGACACUAAUUCUAUUAAUAGUCUGAAAGGAGAAUGCCAGUACUUCCUAAUGUCUAUGUGACAGUAUUUAUUACACUGGAAAGUAAACACACAUAGACAGAAAAAAUUGGGGAAAUUUCUGAUCUGCUGGUUUGCUUCUUGCUUUAAGAAAUGUGGAAGCUGACCAGUUCCACUGCAUGCUCACAGUUUGUUUCAGGGAGCAUUUAUGCCAAUUUGUGUCUUCCUUUAGCUGCUGCUAUCCAAUCCAUUCUCUCAAAACAGGGAAAGGUGGAUCACAGGCUUUCAGUCUAAAUUGAAAUUGUUGCUCACAUUAAUGUCUUUAUUCCCACUUCCGCACUUCAUGGGGAUAAUGUUACACUUUUUUUAUGCCUCCCCCACCCUCUCCAUUAGGGGCACUACCUGUGUCUUUGGGAACCACUGGUGAAGGUUUCAGAACGUCACAGUUCAUUUUCUUGCUACGCCAUCAUUUCAUUUGUGAAUUUACAAUAGUGUAGCAUUCAUCAUAUCCUGUUAUUCGUCAGCAUAGAGUAUUAGGUUGUCUGUCAACACUGAAUAAAAAUACUCAUAAAAAUGUUGUUGUUCUAAUAUUAAUCUCAGUUUAUUAUUAUCUUUAUACCAUAGCAGUUAUUUUAUCCACUUUUUUCUCCUCCCAUUUCACUGGGGAGUAUGAAUUUGUGAUGUGUGCGCUUCCAAGAAUUAUAGGAGAGCUGAAAGCUCAAAGAAUCUUGUCACCCCUUCCAGUAGAAUGACAAGUAGUUUCUGGAUAAUUUUAUCUGGAUAAGUGGAGUGUUUUAUUUUUUAAAGAAAAUGUAAGAAAUUGAAGGGACAAUUUAGUUCAGUCAACAUUGCUUAUCGUGUAUUGCUUUUAAGUCGUUGUUGUUGUUUUCUUUGUUGAUUACAAAUGUGCUCCUUAUUUAAAGUGUAAACCUUUUUACACCUCCUCCCGUCCAUUUGUUUGUUUGUAAGAAGCAUUCAGCCCAUCGUGUCAUUCAUUUUCCAUUCGCAUGCAUUUCAGAUGUUAUUUUCAGGCAUUUUUAAAACAUUUUUACUACACAUAAUUCAUGAUUUAUUGUGAUUAGUUCUCAUUAUUUCCAGUUCAAGCACUGGUGCCAUUUUGAAAUAAUAAUUAUAUUACUGUGAACAUGUGUACAUUACUGUUGUUCUGAUUUUUAUUGAUAUUGUGAUACAUAAACUGUCAUUGUAGCCAGAACAUGAACAGAUUUUAAUAUUGCUUUAUCACAUAGAUAAGGAAAAAGUUGUGUCUUGAGCAGCUGAUUUUUUUUUUUUUUUUAUUUGUGUGUUCUGAACACGUUUCGUAUUUAUGCUGGGCGUGUUCAGUGGUUUGAAAGUGUAUGAAGAAACUUGAAGAUUGCUGUGUACCACUACUGUUCACCACUUCCGCAUCUCCCUCUGCAACUUCUGCUUGGCAAAAAACAAUUUUUUUUCUAAUCUGUAUGAUAAAGCAAAUUGAAGUUGCAACUGAGGAAAAAUGGCUGAAAAUAUUAACAAUAACAGAUUUUAAUUUGUACCAUUUUUGGAAACUUAUCUUUCCUUUUUUUGCCAUAUUCUCGAAGUAAGAUAGACUGCCGCUAUAUACUGUUACAAAUAUAUUGAACUAAAUUUUUUUCAUAAGUAAAACUGUUUUAGUUUAAUAUGUAUAGAGAAACUAAAACACUGUAUCUUGUUUUAAAAGAUAUUAAAAGUUUUGCUCAACCUUC